UGAUGAACCUUGAAAAUGUCAAGUUCCAUUCACAGCAGCAUCGCAUUUAAACUCUCCUCUUCCCUGAAAACAUUGUUAGUCUCUUCUAAGAUUUAUUCUUCUCGCAAAUCUCUCUCUCUCUCCUUCUCUCCACCUUUCAGACACUCUCUUCGUCUCUCCUACCACCGCACCUCCACCGACAUAAUUUCAAUGACCGACGCAGCAGACAUGGACGCCGUUCAGAGGCGUCUCAUGUUUGAAGACGAAUGUAUAUUGGUGGAUGAGAAUGAUAAUGUUGUUGGUCAUGACACCAAAUACAACUGUCAUCUGAUGGAAAAGAUUGAAACUGGAAAAAUGCUGCACAGAGCCUUCAGUGUAUUUUUAUUCAACUCAAAAUAUGAAUUACUCCUUCAGCAACGAUCUGCCACAAAAGUAACAUUUCCCCUUGUUUGGACGAACACCUGCUGCAGCCAUCCACUAUUCAGAGAAUCUGAGCUUGUUGAGGAGAAGACACUAGGUGUAAGAAAUGCUGCCCAGAGGAAGCUUUUGGAUGAACUUGGCAUUCCAGCCGAAGAUGUGCCUGUUGAUCAGUUUAUGCCAUUGGGUCGCAUGCUAUACAAGGCCCCUUCUGAUGGAAAGUGGGGAGAGCAUGAACUUGACUACUUGCUCUUCAUUGUACGGGAUGUGGGACUUCACCCAAAUCCUGAUGAGGUGGCGGAGAUAAAAUACGUGAACAGGGAGCAGUUGAAGGAACUGUUAAGGAAAGCAGACGCUGGAGAAGAUGGUUUGAAGCUAUCACCUUGGUUCAGAUUAGUGGUAGACAAUUUUCUGUUCAAGUGGUGGGAGCAUGUUGAGAAAGGUACACUCAGUGAUGCUGCUGAUAUGGAUUCCAUCCACAAACUGACUUAGAGAAAAGGCCCCUAGGCAGUUACUUCCUAUGUCAGUAAUAAAAUUAGCAGGCACCAGGUAAAAGAAAACUAAUAAAAGUUUCCCUGUGUCAUAACAAAAAGCUGGAUUUUGGUGUUGUCAAAUAUUAGAUGGGUUUUCAAUUGGUUGCUUUGGGUUUGAACUAAAUGGAGAAGCUUGGUAUUUUGGGCUUUGCUCAUAAUGACAUUUUAUGUUUGACUCUACUA